UGUUGUUUGCCAAACAAUAGAGUCAAAAAUCCGGGGAUCCGAGCAGCCGUUGAUAGUUCUAUUAAAUGCUGUAAAUGAAUCGCCGGGCUGCAUAGUGCGAUCGUAUAAGUCAUUGAGUGAACUCGGGCCCCCUGGAGUCAUAGGUCCCCGGAAUCGUAAUCCCAACCCGAAUCGCUCCAUCGGGAAUUAUUAAUUGCGUACAAUACUGAGCGAUGAACAAGGUGGGUAAGCACAUCCAAAGCGGCAUCACAGGGCUGGGCGCCGGCGGAGCUCCAUUAUCAUCGGCAGCUCUGCUGGGAUCUCCGCUGGAGGCAGCCAAUGGAGCUGGCUCGGCCAGCACCACAAAUGUCUUCAAUUCCAUCAUGAGCUUCCUGCCGGACAAUCGACCUAUAACCUCACUGCACAUCGUCGAGGAUUUCGAGCGCUGCCCGAAGAACUUCAGUGCCAUUCACCGCACCUAUGACCAGGAUUCGGAUGCGGACCUUUGGCGCGACUACAGCCUGUUUGGGCGCCAAAAUACGCGGUAUCUCUGCCUCUCCAAGUCCGAAGGUCUGCCGGAAUACGUGGUGGAGACCCUACAAGUCAUUGCGGAUAAGACAGCACCGCCCAAGGAAUUCUCGCAGGUCUCCCGCACCGCCGACAGUGACCAGAAGGCCUGGCGCAAGCGGCAGCUGAUCUACAAGCUCUCCAAGCGAGGCACCGUGACCCAGGCGGUCACCGAUAUAAUACUCUGCUCCAAGCUAAAGUCAGCACCCGAUGGCUUUAAGCUGGCCGGCGAUAUUAACGGAGUGCUCAUCUGCUACAAGACGAGCGCGAUUCCAGUGCGCCUGUCGCCCCCAGUGCCAGGUGUUGGAGUUCCGGCUCCAGCCACCUGUGAAGUUGAGCAGGCCCUGAACCGUCUGAACCUCCAAGGCCAGCGCAACUCUCGUGGACCACUGCCACAGCCACCGACUGAACACCAUGACUAUGAGGAGAUCCAAGCCAACUAUCAAAUAAACUCGCCACAGCGACCGGCGCCACCUCGUCCGGCGGGAGUGGGUUCCGGGGGAGGACGCGGCACUUACGGCGGCACCGGCACCCUGGGCACCUACACCGAGCUGGAGGGAGUGCCCUUUGUCAUGGACAUUAGGCUGCAGCGUAACCAAGCUGUAACUGAUAUACCUACACUGCCAGAAAUCUCCACGCUGCUUAAGUCCCUCGACUAUGACUUUCAAUUGGAACGCCAGAUCUUAUGCACUAUGAAGUCAUCGGCAUCGAAGAACCCGUUCUUCAAGUAGGAUUGCAAAACUUUAAUAGGAAACGUCGCAAAUUGAGCGUUUAGCAAUGUAUACAACAAAGCAACAGAACCGGAAAUGAGUGGAUUUUAUAUUUAGUUUAGCGUAAGCUUCAUCAGGUCUGAUGCGCAUGUGGCGGCUGCCAUGGUAAACCCAGUAGUUAUUCAGUUGGAUUCAGUUCUAAGGACCCCGGCCCCUUAGAGUUAAAUGUGUGUGUAAUAUUCCUGUGCCUUCGAUAUGUAUCUAAUUUUGAUGAUUGCUUGGGCAAUCAUAAUAGAACUCAGUUUUGUAAUACCCCUCAUUGGAAACCAACCGAAGCAGAAUCCUACCUAUUUACAUCAUAGAAAUCAUUCAUAUACAUGCAUCGAUUAACCCCGAAUUGUGAUCCGAAGAGCGAGCGAAAUGUUCUGUCAUUAUUUUAAACGCGCUAAAUCAGAUGGCUUUACGUGUACACAACACAUUUACAUAUGUAUUUCGAAAGGCCCACGCAUAAGAUAUACAUACAUCUAUCACAUAUGUCUAAAAAUGUAAUGUUAAUGUUGAAUCAAGUCUAGAAAUCGGAUUGCUAAUACCGAACCUAAUAUAAACCUUAGUACAUACAAGCAUAUAUCUGAUAUAUACAUACGUUUAUAGGCCACUUAGCACUUAAAACCAGUUGGUUUUUAAAAAAUACACAAAUAUCUAUUACAUCU